CAUUCAAUUUAAUUAAUACCCAAAAAUCAUUAGCCUAACUAAAUAAAUAAAAUAUUUGUUGACAAAAAAAAGGUAGUGUUGUGUUAAGUUGUUGUGAGGAAGCAUUGAAUAACAUUAAAUUCUACAAGUCCCACAAUUUAAUACAACACAUGAAUUGGUCCUACCAGUCUUCCAUUUUCUUUCCAUCUCCUCACCUCUUCUUUAAAUAUGAGGUACUGAACCUCAUUAAUGGCAAUCACAAGGUCUACAGGCACUCACAAACCACCCUCCACAAAGACUCCAUUUUUAGCCCUCCAACAAAUCAAGAAAAACAAUGGGGAAGAAAAUAAAGAUCAAAUCUUUGUUCAAGAACAGCAAAGAAGCAAGGAAUCCAUGGCAAUGGCCAUCAUGUAAGCACCCAAAGACUCAAUCUUUCAGAGGUGGAGAUAGCAUGUUCAAGACAGUUAAUUCUGUUUUCUUUGAUCAAGUACUUGUUGAUGGGGUUGAGACACCAGAUUCAUGGUUCACUAACUCAUCAGAGACAGCUUCAUUGUCUACUGAAUCAGAGGAUUGUAAUUUUGAUGGGGAGUCAUUGGAGAUGGUUGUGAGAGGUGUCAUGAGGUCAGAGAGGUUGUUCUUUGAGCCUGGUGACACUAAUUCAAUCCUUGAAGAAGCAAAGACAGAUGGGUUUCCAUUCAAGGAGAGUGUGGCUUUGGCUAUGGAAUCAGAGGAUCCAUAUGUCGAUUUCAGGAGAUCAAUGGAGGAGAUGGUGGAGUCUCAUGGGGUUAAAGAUUGGGAAGGUUUGGAGGAGCUUCUGGGUUGGUAUUUGAGGGUUAAUGGGAAGAAGAACCAUGGGUUUAUAAUUGGUGCUUUUGUUGAUUUGCUUGUUAGGAUUGCUUCUGCUUCUGCUUCUGCUGGUUCUUCCUCAUGUCCUGAUACAACUACUUCUUUCUGUUCUGCAAUUUCUUCUUUUUCUUCUUCAUCUCCUUCCUGUUCAUUUCAAGGUAAAAGUGAGAUUUGUCAGGAAGAAAAGAUGGUGUUGUCUUAGAUUUAAUAUAUUUAAAAAUUUUGAGUUGUAUAUUAUUAGGAUUUAAGAAAAUGAGACCAGUACUCUGUUUGAGAUUUGUGUCUUAGAUAUUAUCCCAUUUUUGUGUAUAUAUAUAUAAGAUUUGCCUUAAAAGGUACUCUCUUUUUUUUUUUUUUUGAAAAA